AUGGCAAGACGACGUGGCUUUGCGGAGGCCGAGAUUCUCUACUAUCUGGUGGGCGUUUCACCGACGCAGUCAAGUGAUGAAUCCAGUAGUGAGACGAACGUGGAGGACGGCGAUGAUUUUGUUCCAGUGAAAACUGCUGACUCGACUAACAAUGGCGAUGAUCCAGAUGUUGUGCAGGACUCACAAGACGGCGACGGCGUAGCGGUCGGUGCAGUUGAUGGUGUUGCGAGAGGUGGAUAUGGUCGCGGCACGAUGCGGCCCACCACGUGGUUAGCGAUUUGCUCGGCGGUGGCGCUGGCGUCUGCUCCCACGGAAGCGGCCAACAUCCUGGCUGCUACAUCCUUCCCCGGCCGCAGCCACUUCAUCAUGUUUCGCCGCCUCUUCAAGGCGCUGGCCUCCAGAGGCCACAACGUCACUGUCGUCGGCCAUUACCCCCUGGACUCUCCGAUGGAGAACUACACCGACAUAAGCUUCAAAGGAGACGUCCCAGAAGCUGACAGCAAUAUGCCCUCGGCCGUCAUCAACCUGCUGCGGAUGCCGUUCAUGGGGCCCGUCUUCCUGAAGAACAUCAACCGGAAGCUGUGCGCGAAAGUGUACGACCUGCCGCAGAUGCGGCGGCUCGCCAGCUCCGGGUCGCGGUUCGACCUCGUCAUCUCCGAGGACUUCGUCCACGACUGCAUGGCGGCGCUAGCGCACAAGUUCCGCGCGCCGCUGGUCGCCAUCAGUUCCAGCAUGGCCCUCAACGGUGCGCAUGACAGGGUGGGUAACCCCGACCACCCCGCCUACACGGAGCAGUGCCUGGUGCCCCUGAAGGCGCCGUUUAGCUUCUGGGAGCGGGUGUACAGUACGGUGAUGCACGUCUACGUGAGAGCCGUCGACUGGCUGAUGUCGGGCGGUUACGUCGACCAGAAGCUGCGCGAGGUGCUGGGAGCGGACACGCCGCCGCUGGAGCAGAUCAUCCGCAACACCAGCCUGGUCCUGAUCAAUAGCCACUGGAGCGUCGACCAGCCCGUCCCCAGCGUGCCGGCGUUCGUCGAGGUCGGCGGGCUGCACGUCGAGGACCCCAAGCCCCUGCCGAAGGAUCUGCAGAGUUUUCUGGAUAAUAGUCCUCAGGGAGUGAUCUACUUCAGCUUCGGUUCCCUGGUGCAGCCUGACGAUUUGCCAGAGGAGAAGUUUAAAGCAAUUCUCGACGCUUUGGGGUCGGUGCCUCAGAACGUCCUCUGGAAGGUCGACCCGGCUGCCCUGCCACACCUGCCACGCAACGUGCGAGCUCAGAAGUGGAUGCCUCAGAACGACGUCCUCUAUCACCCGAACGUGCGCGUGUUUAUAACGCACGGCGGACUGCUGGGGACGCAGGAGGGCAUAAUGGCGGGCGUGCCGCUGCUCGUCGUUCCGUUGUUUUCCGACCAAGAGCUGAACGGGGUGAGGGUGGCCGCUGCGGGCAACGGCGUCCGCGUCCGCUACGAGGACCUCACGUUCCAGGCGCUGCGGAGCGCCAUCGAUACGCUGGUCAACGAUACCAGGUACAGCGAGCGGGCGAAGCAGCUGUCUUCGCUGUACAGGGACCGCCCUCGGCCGCCGCUGGAGGAGGCUGUCUACUGGGUGGAGUACGUGCUACGUCACAAGGGAGCCCCGCAUCUGCGCUCCGCCGCGCUCGAUCUCGCCUGGUACCAGUACCUGCUCCUAGAUGUCGCGGCCUUCGUCGUAGCAGCGGCAUCUCUCCCACUACUGGCGCUGUACUUUAUCGUCCGGAAAGUGGUCCGAUCACACAAGAACGAUAAGAAAGUGAAGAAGCAGUGA